AUGGCCGGCGAUCACAUCUCGCGGCCCAGUAGGUCUCUGUCCAGCUUGAGUGCCAGCACCGACUCCGAGAACCAGGCAUCCAGAACCGAAUCCCGACCUCAAGGCUUCACAGAAUCAAUUAAAUCUCGACUUCGAACUACCUCCAAUCCCAAUGCGCCCCAUCUGGACCGAGUUCACUCCGCGAAGCACAUGGACGACCAGUCCGUCUACCACAGCGGCCAUGCGACGAGUGACGAAGACUCGCUGGAUGACGACUUGUCACUUGCUGCGGAAAAACAGGAAACCAUCCAGGAGGUGCGAUGUGGCAUCGUGAAUGAGCGAGAUAUCGAUCUCGAAAAAGGGCAGCAGCAACAGACCCCGGAAUUGCAAAAAUCGAAAUCGGCACUCCCAAAUCGGUUUCGCCAAGAUGCCAAGCUGGUGGACUGGGAGGGACCUAACGACCCAGAAAACCCCAAGAACUGGGUCAACAAAAAGAAAUGGGCCGCUACCAUCACCGUCUCUCUAUUCACCUUUAUCUCGCCUGUGUCUUCCUCUAUGGUGGCACCCGCCCUGUCCUCGAUCGCGGCCGACUUGAAUGUCACAGACCAGGUCGUCUCCCAACUGAUGCUUUCGGUCUUUGUUCUUGCCUAUGCUGUGGGUCCUCUUUUUCUCGGUCCGCUCUCCGAGAUCUAUGGACGAGUGAUUGUUCUCCAGCUGGCCAACCUUUUCUUCCUCGUGUUUAACAUUGGCUGCGCGGUUUCUCAAACCAAGGUGCAGAUGAUUGUUUGUCGAUUUUUCGCAGGCCUAGGAGGUAGUGCGCCACUGGCUGUCGGUGGUGGUGUUCUGUCUGAUUGUUUCCGGCCCGAAGAGCGCGGAAAAAGCAUCGCAAUCUACAGUCUCGCACCGCUUCUCGGUCCGGCACUUGGCCCCAUUGCAGGUGGCUUCAUCGCGGAAAACACGACCUGGCGCUGGGUCUUCUAUUCGACUUCUAUCGCAGAUGGCCUUAUCCAGUUGGCCGGUCUCUUCUUCCUCCGUGAAACGUACGGUCCUCGUAUUCUCCGUGACCGUGCCAGACAACUGCGCAAGGAAACCAACGAUGAAUCUUACCAGACCGAAGCCGAACUCCAGAAGAAGACCCUCAUCCAGGUCCUGCGCGGCUCGCUGGUCAGACCAUUCCGCCUCCUCCUCACCCAAAAUAUUGUUCAAGUCCUUGCAUUGUACAUGGCAUAUGUUUACGGCAUCAUGUAUCUAGUCCUCUCCACCUUCCCAUCCCUCUGGACCAACCCCGCCUACUAUAAUGAGUCCAUCGGGAUCGGUGGUCUCAACUACAUCUCCCUCGGUCUUGGCUUCUGGUGCGGCUCUCAGAUCUGCGCCCCACUCAACGACCGCAUCUACCGACGCCUUAAAGCACGCAACAAUAACAUCGGCCGGCCCGAAUUUCGCGUGCCACUGCUCGGUGUCGCCGCCAUUCUCCUUCCGGCCGGCCUCUUCAUCUACGGAUGGACCGCCCAGACACUCUGUCACUGGAUCGCACCCAACAUCGGUGCCUUCCUUUUCGGAACCGGAACGAUCAUCUCCUUCCAGUGCAUGCAAACCUAUAUGGUAGAUACAUAUACCCGAUUUGCCGCCAGUGCUCUCGCAGCUGGUGCGUUCCUGCGAUCGCUCGCUGGAUUCGGGUUUCCGCUCUUCGCGCCGUACAUGUACGACGCUCUCCACUAUGGCUGGGGAAACAGCGUACUUGCUUUUGUUGCGAUUGGUAUCGGCAUUCCGGCCCCGAUCUUCUUGUGGAAGUAUGGUGCCAAGCUGAGAGCCCGCAGUACUUAUGCUGCUGGCUAA